AUGACGAAGCAGACCAUACUGCUCGUGGGCCCAACCGGCGAGACUGGCAGACAUAUUCUCAAUGCCUUGAUCGACGACGAUUCAUUUGACUUGAAGUGCUUCAUCCGAUCUUCAUCGGCAUCAAAAUCCAGUGCACAACAAAUUCGAGAAUGUGGGAUCGCUACUGUGACGGCUGAGCUGGAUGACCCUAUCGAGGAACUCAUCACAUUGCUGCAAGAUAUCGAUACCGUCAUCAGCUGCAUGUCUCCAGCGUCAAUGAAGCUUCAAAUCCCCCUCAUAGAUGCUGCCGUCAAAGCUGGUGUGAAACGAUUCCUGCCGUGCAAUUUCGGCACGCCGUCGGCUCGAGGAAUAUCGGCUCUGAGAGAUGUGAAAGAGGAAAUUCACGACCACGUCUUUCGCCAAAAGCUAGGCUUCACCAUCAUUGACGUUGGCUUCUGGUAUCAAGCAAGUAUUCCUCGCAUCCCAAGUGGCAGGUUCGACAGCGCUAUAUUCAUGCCAUUGAACGACGUCUACUCAGGGGGGUCCACGCCGAAUAUGCUUAUCGACGCUAGAGACGUUGGAAAAAUGGUUGCGAGAAUCAUCAAGGAUGAGCGCACUCUGAACAAAAGAGUCAUCGCGUAUGGAGAUGUUAUGAGCAAAAACGAGAUUCACGACUGUAUCGAGGACAAAACCGGAGAGAAGCUGGAGCUUGUCGAGAUCAGUGAUACCGAAGCUCAGAAUCGACUCGAUGCACGAAAAGCAGCAUACGCAGCCGAUCUUGAGAACAGGUCCAACAGAUUCCUCCUAGCAGCAGCACAGUAUGCCGUCACCAAAUACGUGCGAGGCGACAAUACGCCAGAGAACGCCAGAUACUUGGGAUACGUUCCCGCUAACGAGUUGUACCCGGAGUUCAGAUACAAAUCAUACACCGAGUUUGUCGAUGAGCUACUUACUGGCAAGAUUGAGAGACCUUACCCAGAUAUCAAGCUUUCUUGA